AUGAGGAAUGGCGGCAAUAUGAGUGAGAACCAGAAUAAUUCUAUUCAAGUGCAGCAUCGCUUGCACUCAUACGACAUUUUGAUACAUGAAACGAUGACUGUGGCUGAACUUCAAGAGCAAAUUUGUCGGGCUACGGGAGUCCUUCCAAAACACCAAAAACUACUCACGCCACCGAAAGCACGUCAGCUUGGUCAGAUACUGCGCUCUGGGAAUACGAAUCAACAACUUCUUCCUGAUGUGGGACUGAGCGCGGAUAUGCGGCUCACACUCGUUGGCGCGCCCGUACAUGAAGUGGAACGAGAGCAAAUGCAAGAAGCAUCAUUGGACAAGUCUUAUGGACCACGACGCCUUCAUCCAAGUCUUCUAAAGAAUAUGCAACCUACAAAAAGUCUUCCCGAUGCACAGGUGACAGCGGCAUUUGGUCGGUGUAGGCCACAUUCAAGCACUCAAGAUGCUGAUCCUUGGCACAAAAAUGUGCGUCAGUAUCUGGAGCGACUUGCCUCAGAUCCCGCUGUACUGCAUGUGUGCAAGUUGCAUCAUUACAAAGUUGGUGAGUUGUGCGAGCUUUUACCGCAUGAAAAUCCUGAGCUCCUUGGCCUGAAUGUAAACAAAGGACAGCGUAUUCUUCUCCGGGUGCGGACAGACGCCGCCGAUGGCUUGCGCGACUACAAGACAACACGGCGUGUUUUGCUUCAUGAAUUGUGUCACAACGAGGUACGUAUCCAAUAA